CAAUAAAAUAUAAUCAAUGACCUAUUUAAAGAUUCCAUAUUUGAAUUUAUAGUGGAAGUUGAACAUAUUUGAUUCUCCUUAUCCAAACCGUAUCACAUCAUUUGAAAAAGUAGUGUAACACCUCAUACAAUAUAGCUUUUAAGUUUUCACACACCAAAAAAGGAUAAGAAAAAUCAAGAAGCAAAAAUGGCGGAAGACAAGAGAAUUGGUAUUGCAAUGGAUUUUUCAAAAAGCAGCAAAGCAGCUUUGAAAUGGACAAUUAAUAACUUGGCUGAUAAAGGUGACACCUUUUGCAUCAUCCACGUCAAGAAUUAUGACUCUAGACAUCAACUCUGGGCUCAAUCUGGCUCUCCUUUGAUUCCAUUGGUGGAGUUUAGGGAGGCUGAGGUGUUACACUACUAUGAUGUGGAGACUGAUAUUGAACUUCUUGAUACGCUUGAUACUGCUACUACGCAAAAACAGAUAAAUGUUGUUAUUAAAUUAUAUUGGGGAGAUGCUAGGGAGAAACUGUGUCAAGGUAUUCAUGAUCUGCAGUUGAAUUCCAUUGUUAUGGGUAGCAGAGGCCUCAGUCGCCUCCAAAGGAUAUUCUUGGGAAGUGUGACCAAUUAUGUAUUUAGUAAUGCCAGCUGCCAUGUGACUAUUAUUAAGGAUCCAGCUCGUUCCAAGCACUGCUAAGGUUUUGUUUGGUUAAGAUAUGAACUUAAGACAUUUUCGAAUAAGAUGAAGGAUUUUACAUGUAAUUUCUCUUAUGAUGAUAAUUUCCAUACUUCUAAUGCUAAAUGAGACAGAUCCUGUUUCUGGUACCGAUUACUGAUGAGAAUUAGGUUGAUGAUUUUCUAUGCUAUCGA